GCUCUGACACCCCCGGAAGACUUGAGCACCUACAACGACGCCAUCAGCUUGUCUACGGGAUGUUGCGAGAAGUUGGAAGACUGUCCGCCUGAUAAGGCGCGUGGCAACGGCCGCGCGGUACGGAACGUAGUGGAGGCAGCCAUUCGGCAGAUGGCUCGCCGGCUACAGGGAACCCGGGCGGCCAAGGAGGAGUACAGCAAACUCCAGCCGGAAGAUUUCGCUGCCGUCCUUUCCAGCAGCCUGCAGACGCUCUUUGCCGUACCCUGCGGGCCCCGAGGCGCACUGGCAAAGAUCAUUUCACUUGCAGAGCUGGAUCCGAAGAAGUUCCAGUUCUUCAUCCAGCUUGAGAAGGAGCUGCAGGGUGGAAAGAAAGAGAUCUCUACACGGCUGCAGCGCAUCACGUCGCAGAUUGCCGUGGCCUCCCGGAUCAGGGGCCUAACGCCGGCAACGAGGAAGCAUCUGGAGACCUGCACGACGAAGCAGCAGGAGGCGCGAAAGGGCAUCAUCCAGCGCCUGGACCUCUAUUGUUCCCUCGACGGCAUGUUGGACACCGCAGCGCAGGAAAUCCGGACGACCUGGGACAAGAAGCAGAUCGAGAGCUCAUCGGCGUUGCUGAAG